AAAAAGAAGAGGAAAGACCAGGGUACUAGUGGUGAGGACCCUUCCCCGCCGUGGUCACUCUUGCAGGCAAAUGCGGGACACGUGAGAGUGGGUCAGUACGUCCGCGCCCACCAAGGAGAGAGCACAGUAGACCCCCGCGACCAACACCUACGGCCCGACACUACAGGGAACACGACCACUGGAUAAGCGAACAAACCCUCAGGAGAAAGAUGAAGAGGCUGUGGAUUAUAACCGCGGUGAUUCUGGCGGCGUGUCUGAGCCUCGCUGUAAACGCCAACCCAACGAAGGCUCAAGAAACACGGCAGACGAGUGAGAAGGGACACCAGGCAAGGAAGGGGAGGAUAGAGUUAAAGGCACAGCGGGUGGAGACGCCAGGGAUAGUGGAAGGGAAUAAACAGCAAGGAAGGGAAGAACGGGGACAGAAACAGCCAACGACGGAGGAAAAGGGAGAGAAAACACAGGAAAAACAGCAGAUAGAAGAAGCGAAAGAGGGGGACAAACAGCGAACAGGGGAAGAACAGGGACAGAAACAGCCAGUGACGGAGGAAAAGGGAGAGAAAACACAGGAAAAACAGCAGAUAGAAGAAGCGAAAGAGGGGAACAAACAGCGAACACAAAGAACGGUAGAAGAAGAAACAGAGAAAACGCAUAAGAAAGGAGAGGAACAGCAGCAAACACGUGACGAACAGGGAGAGAAAACACAGCAACGAGAUCAAAAGGAGGAACAACAAACAGCGGAGAAGAAGAAACAGUAUCGCUUCUUCUUCGGGUACCCUCUCGCGCCACGCAGCCACACCAUCUUCUUCAGCGGUAUCAUCAGAGCUCUCGUCGACGCUGGCCAUCACGUGACAGUCGUGACGCCGCACAAAACCUUCGAGGCAAAUGACCAGGUGAGAACGGUGCUGGUCAAGGAGGGCGACAUUACACGCUUCACCACUGACGCCUUGAAGGAACACAGGCUUAAGGGGGUCUUCAAGGUGACCACCGCGUCCAUCGAACUCUGCACCAACAUCCUCGCCCGGCCCGACGUCCAAGAUCUACUGAAGGAGGAGUUCGAUAUGGCCUUCAUCUCCCAGACUCUCUGUGAUUGCUUCCUCUCAGUCGUCCAUCAACUGAAGGUCCCGUACGCCUGGUUGUCCCCCCUCGGCUUAAUGGGCCCCACGGCGGUCAACUUGGGCAGCCCGCAGUUCCCGUCCUUCAUGGGCACCAAGUUCAUGCACUUCAGCCACCCGCUCGCCUUCCACCAGCGACUCUUUGCGGCCCUCGUCGAGUUGAGCUUCGUGACCGUGCACAAUGCCCUUGCGUCCAGUAUGGAGAAUGUGUGUCGGCAGGGCGGCGUGUGUCCUCCUGACAUGCCCAGUAUCCAGAACAUGUCCAGACACGCCUCCCUCGUCAUCCACAACAGCGUCCGGCCUCUUGAACUCCCCGCGCGGCCAGCAGUGCCACAAGAACUCUACGCCGGGGGAAUACAGUGCCGCCCCGCCAAGCCCCUGCCGGAGGAGUUGGAGGCGUGGGUGCAGGGCGCUGGGGAGGCCGGCUUCAUCUUCUUCAGUUUGGGCUCCAUCAUCAAGGGGUCUAGCAUGCCUGAAAAGACCCGCGUGGCGCUGCUGGAGGUCUUCGCGGGCCUUGAGCAGCGCGUCCUGUGGAAGUGGGAUCAGGACACCAUGAAGGACCUGCCCCCCAACGUGCGCCUGGCCAAGUGGCUCCCCCAGCAGGAUAUCCUCGGUCAUCCUCGCCUCCGCCUGUUCAUCACCCACGGGGGACUGAUGAGCACCAUGGAGGCGUCCUACCACGGCGCGCCUGUCCUCGGCCUGCCUGUCUUCGCGGACCAGCACGCCAACAUGCAGCUGACGCAAGUGGAGGGCUGGGGGCGCUACCUGGACCCGGAGGACAUCACGGCGGAGACGAUGCGGGAGGCCGUCCUGGGGGUGAUGACUGACGCCGACAUCCAGGCAAAGGCCAAGCAUCGGGCGGUCUUGAUGCGGGACCAGCCGAUGACGCCCGCCGAAACCCUCGUGUUCUGGGUGGAGUACGUCAUCAGGCACCGCGGCGCGCCCCACCUCCGCUGCCCCGCCGCCGACAUGCCGUGGUAUCAGGUGUACAACGUGGACGUGUGGGGGACGGUGGCGGCGGUGGUGGCGGGGGUGACCUACUUGAUCAUCAGGCUCACGGUGGCGCUGUGCUCGUGUCUGUGUGGCCGGCGGGCGGGGAAGAGCAAGAAGGACUGAUUGGCUGAUUGGUUGAUGGAUUUUUUUUUCUUUCACAGCAGAGGAGUCAGUUCAGGGGCAUUAAAAAGGAUGGAUUGACUGAUUGGUUGAUGUAUUUUUUUUUUUUUUUUUACAGCAGAGGAGUUCAAGGGGAUAAAAAAGGAUGGAUGGAUGGAUGGAUUAUUUGCGGACUGAUUAACUGAUUGGUUGAUGGAUUUUUUUUUUUUUUUUUUUUUUUUUUUUUUUUUACAGCAGAGGAGUUCAAGGGCAUAAAAAAAGGAUGGAUGGAUGGAUGGAUUAUUCGGGGUGUGUAAUCACGGCGCGGCAGCUAAGAGAGACUGAACAUGGUGGUAGAUAUAGGACAGAUAGGCUGAAUUAGACAAAAAAUAAGUUUACGAAGAGCUAACCGGGUGAACGAAAGACGAAACAGUUGUGUAGUGAAGGUAAAUACGACCGUAAAUUAUUGGCAGGUAUAUAUAAUAGACUGAACAUGGUGGUAGAUAUACAGAUAGGCUGAGUUAGACAAAAAAUAAGUUUACGAAGAGCUAACCGGGGGAACGAAAGACGAAACAGUUGUGUAGUGAAGGUAAAUACGACAGUAAAUCAUUGGACGAGUUUCGAGAAUAGGAAAGAAUCGAGAGGAGGUUUGAUUUCUGGACGGGGGCGGCAGAUCAAGACACCUCUCCACCCGAAAUCGACCUCUCUUUUGGCUAUUCUUUACUAUAGUCUGUUAUGGGAGCGGCGAUUUGCGGGCUUUUUUUUCACUCUUUUUAUUGCCCUUGAGUCGUCUCCUUUGUUGUAAAAAAAAAAUUAUAACUAACUACCUCACAGGAACUGCCCGAACGCUUGUACCACCUACCACGUGUACCAUCUAACACCCAUACCACUAACACUUAAGGUCGGUAUUCUCAGACGCUUCUUUCUCUUAUAUCAACUAUCUCUUAAAACCAAUAAAGAGGUUAAACGUG